AUGCAGCCAGCCAGAGAUGUCCCCCGCUUUGACCAACUUCAAGACUAUCCCCAUGCUGUGGCUGGACAUGCUGGGACCUUGUGCGACUCCGACGGCCAAGUUUUUGUCAAGCCCUGCACUCAGGCUGAAAUCGACUUUUAUGAAUUGACCAAGUCGAAGUAUCCCGAUUUUGCCGAUCUUAUGCCUUUGCAUAUCGGCAAUCUAGUGUUAAGUGGCCCCGGCGAGAUGGACAUUGGAGACAUCGGGGACAGCUUACAAACGGAUCCCGAACAAGUCCUUGCAACAAUCCAAGAGCAAGUCGCCAAUGCCGCCCGAGAAUGCCAAACCGAGGAUACCAUAACGUGGGUGCCUUCUCAAGGAAAGAAGAUUCAGACAAACAUGUCAGUCGUGCUUGAGAACCAGACCAAUGGUUUCAAGCGGCCCAAUGUUCUCGACGUCAAAUUGGGGACCCGUCUGUAUGCAGACGACGCGCCCAAGCAAAAACAGGAGCGAUUUCAGCAGAUUAGCAAAGAAACGACACACCACAAUCUUGGUUUCCGCAUCGCCGGCAUGCGUGUUUUCCGCGGGUCUCAAGAUGCUUCCGAAUUGGAUGCUAGGGAGUACAAGAACUACGACAAAGACUAUGGGCGAUUCACCGUCAACGAUGACAAUGUGGUCAAUGAAUUGAGGCGAUUCAUCUUCAACGAAGCUGCGGGUAUUGACGAGGACUUGGGCAAGGCCGUCUGUGCGACUUUUGCUAGAGAACUCGGUACAAUAAUCGAUGUCAUGUCUGAUCACAAUAUCCGCAUGUACUCAUCGUCACUUCUGUUCGUGUAUGAAGGCGAUGGCGAAGCGCUUAAAGACGCCAUCCGACUCAACACGGAAUACGCAAAACGCUCGACCGGUCCUCCAGCUACCAAGCGAAUUGAUAGUGGCAUUGGCUUGGACGACGAGGAUCAGGCUCUGGAGCAGUUGCCGCCACCAGUACUUAAGCUCAAGCUCAUCGAUUUCGCCCACGCGACAUGGACGCCUGGAUCAGGCCCAGACGAAAAUACUAUCAAGGGAACCGUUCACUCGUCGACCCGCAUCAUCGUCCUCAAACCAUCCUGGGAAUGGCGUUUCGAAGUACCUGCAGGCCGCAAAAUCACUGUCAAAGCCCUCUCUGGCACCGCUGAAAAAGAUGGCGUUGAGCUCGCUCUUCGGAAUGCCUACUCCUUCAGUGCAAUAAAAUCCAAGAUUCUGACAUGGCACGGAUGCGAGCUCGAAGUCGAUGGACGGACUGACGACGAGUUCGUAGCGGAAUAUGCUUCGCCCGCGGCGAACCCCGCGAAUGCACAUGUGAAUCUCCACGCCAGACUGAAUGAGAUGCGGACUGCGGCUGUGUACGAGCGGAGAGAAGGCCCGAGGGUGCUGAUUGCUGGCCCGCCGACGACGGGGAAAACUACGCUCGUGAGGACGCUCGCGAGCUAUGCGACGCGGCAAGGCUUCGAGCCAAUUGUCGUGAAUGCCGACCCUAAGGAAGGCAUGCUGAGUCUGCCAGGGACGCUGAGCGCCAGCGUCUUCGCGACGGUGAUGGACCCUGAGGCUGUUGAUGGAUGGGGUACCACGCCGACGAGCGGGCCGAGCACUGUUCCUGUCAAAUUGCCGCUGGUGUACUACUACGGGAGAAAUUUACCGGAUGACGACCCCGAAUUCUAUAGAGAGUUGACGAGCAAGAUUGCCGGCACUGUGAGUGGGCGGCUAAGUGAGGACGAUGCUGUCCGAAGCUCCGGUGUGAUUGUGGACUCGAUGGGCGUCAGUGAGAAGAGUAAAAUUGGAGAAGACUUGCUCGCUCAUAUUGUCGACGAGUUAUCUAUCAACAUCAUCGUGGUCCUGGGCUCCAACAGAAUGACGGCCGAGCUCUCGAAACGCUUUUCUACCGAGAGGACUUCCCUCGGCGAACCGAUCCAAAUCGUUGGGCUCGAUCGCUCAGAAGGCGUGGUUGAGCGGGAUGAAGGGUUUUUGGAGUAUUCGAGAGAACAGGCUAUUAAGGAGUAUUUCUUCGGAGACGCCAGGAGAGCGUUGAGUCCGCAGAUUCAACAGACUGACUUUGAUGCGCUCGUUAUUUAUAAAGCUUCUGACUACUCGGCGUACGAAAAAGCAACACUGUCCCGCGAUGAACCUUCAUCCGUCAUGCAGCACUGGACCCUUGCCGUCAUGCACGCUUCGCCCAAGGACCCCCCCGAGGUGGUAAGGGCUGCGGCGGUGAUGGGAUUUGUCUAUGUUUCUGAUGUCGACGAGGACAGAAGAAAGAUUAAGUUGUUGGCGCCGGUGGGUGGUAGGCUGGGCGAUAGGCCGUUGAUUUUGGGGAGUUGGCCGGAGCCGUAUAUCAAUCUUUUGGGAUAA